AAAAAAAUGGAGCCCGGCGAGACGGAGAACUUCGCCGGGCUCGAGGCGGCGUUCACGUGCCGCCUCUGCGAGGACCGCCUCGACCACGAGGACCUGGAGAUGCUGCCCUGCGGCCACGCGUUUUGCGCCGCGUGUCUGCGGGACGAGACGGUCGACGAGUACGUCUGCCCCGAGUGCCGAGUCCCGUUCAUCGUCAAGGACAUCACCAAGGGCCACGACCUCCAGGAGGCCAUCCAGCCGGGCCUGGAGCUGUUGGACCUCGUCUCGCAAUUGCGCCGGGGCGGCGACGCGACGAAGCUCAAUUCUCUACCGACGCCGACGUCGGCCGACUGGCGCGCCGCGCGGCAACCGCUGGCCCCGGCGCCGGCGCCCACGGUCCUGCCGCGGCGGAAGCCCGCGGGCCGCGGCCGCGCCGCCGCGCGCGCGCCGGCGGCGGCGCCCGCGCGGCGCGGUCGCACCGCGUCGCCGGCCGCGCCAGCGACGAGACGCGGCCGGACCGCGUCGCCGGCUGCGAGACGCGGCCGCGCGGCCGCGCCGGCCGCCGCGCCCGCAAGGCGCGGCGCCGCGUCGCCACAGGCCACGUUCCGCGUCGGCGACUUCGUCGUCGUCGCGCCGGACACGUCGCCGGGCCACAACCGGGAGGGCGGCCCGGGUACGAUCGUCGCCGCGAACGACGACGGCUCCUUCGACGUCCGGUCGCCCGUCGGCCGCCGCACGAUGCUGCGCGUGCCGGCCGCGGACCUCGCGCACGACGGGGCCGCGCUCAGCGGCCGCGCGACGCGCCGGAGCAGCGGCAGCGCGUCCAGCGCCCCGAGCGAGGCGCCCGCGCCGAAGCGGCGCCGCGGCGGCCGGCGCCGAUCGCCCGCCGCGCUGCCCGCGCCGGUCGCGCGCGGCGGCUCGACGGCCGCCCAGGCGUCGGCGCGCGCCGCGCGCGCGGCCGCGCGGUCGCCCGCGCCGGUCGGCGCGCCGGCCGCGCCGGCGUCGUCGUCCGAGAGCGAGGACGCUGAGCCGGCUCCGCCGCGGCCGGCAGCGCGCAAGCCGGCAGCGCGCAAGCCGGCCGCGCCGGCGUCGUCGUCCGAGAGCGAGGCCGCCGAGGCGGAACCGCCUGCGCGCAAGCCGGCGGCGCGCCGGGCUCCGCGGCCAUCGUCGUCCUCAGAGAGCGAGGCCGCCGAGGCGCCGCCGCCGAGGCGAAAGCCGGCGGCGCGCCGCGCAAAGCCCGCGGCCGCGCCCGCCAUCCACGACGACUUCGAGUUCGACGGCGGCGACGCCGCGCCGGCGCGGAAGCCCGCGGCCGCGCCGCAGCGGAAGCCCGCGGCGAAGAAGCGGCCGCCGCUGUCGCCGGUCCGCGCGGCCGACGCCGAGGCGCGCGAGAAGCGGCAGCGGCGCGCAUCAAACAUCAAAGUGCUGUUCACGGCCGUCGAUGUCACGGACAAGGAGCGCGCCAUGCUCUCGGCCUUCGGCGGCGUCCAAGUCAAGGCGCCCCGGGAGUGGCGCGACGCGACGCACCUCGUGUGCCCCGUACCAUUGAAACGGACGCCCAAGUUCCUCGCGGCCGUGUCCGUCGUCGAGCACGUCGUCACCCUAGACUGGCUCCGCCAGAGCGAGCAGAUGGCGCGCGCCGUCGACGCGGCCGACUACGUUCCGCGCGACAAAAAAGCCGAGCGGAACUGGCGGUUCGAUUUGGAGGAGACGCUCGCGCGGACGCGAAAUGGCGAGAAGUGCCUCGCGGGCUACGCGCUCCUGCUCGACCACCGCGCGCGCCGGGACCCGAAGGCCGGCCUGCCCACCGACGACGAGCUGAAGGCGAUCGCCGAGUGCGCCGGCGCGCAGUGGCUCCUGAACCCGACGAAGGCCGGCCGCCGGUCGACGGGGCCCUGGCCGCCGCGCCGCGGCGUCGUGCUGCUGGGCGACCCGAAGAUCGCCGUGGAUCGGUUCAUCCGCGACCAGAUCGCGCCGGCCGCGAUCGCGGCGCACGUCGACAAGGAGACGCUGUGGUCUGCGAUCCUGUCCAAGGACCUGCCCUGGGCCGCGGGCGGCGACGCCAGCGACGACGGCGCCGCGGCCCCGCCGCCGAAGCGGGCGCGCGCGCGGCCCGCGGCGAAGAAGCCGGCCGCGAAGCCGGCGGCGCGGCGCCCGUCGCCGCCGGCAUCGUCGUCGUCGGAGAGCGAGGGCGAGGACGUCGCGGCGGCGCGAAAGCCGGCGGCGCGCCGGGCUCCGCCGCAACCUCAUUCAACCGGCCGCUCAACGAUUGGAACGCCGCAGUCGUCGUCCUCGGAGAGCGAGGAGGAGGCUCCGGCCGCCGCGCCGGCGUCGUCGUCCCGCGCGCCGGCCAUGAUACGAAGGCCGGCGGCGCGCCGGGCGCCGGCCCCGGAUAGCGAUCAUGACAACGUCGAGGAAGAGGCCCCGCCGCCGCCGCCGCCCGCGGCCGCCGCGCCGUCGUCCUCGGAGAGCGACGACGACGAAGAAGCCGAGGAAGCGCCCGCCGCGCCGGUGGCCCACAGCUUCGAGUUCGACGCCGACGGCGACGCGGCCAUGCCCGCGGCCGCCGCCGACGACGCCGAAGAGAACCCCUGCACGCAGCCAGAGGCCCCGGUGCCGGCGACGGGCCCGCACGGCACGCGGCGCAAGGCGCGCGCGACGACGCCGCCGCACGACGACGAGGACCCCGCGCCGGCGCCCGAUGCGCCCCCGCCGGCGCCGGCGGCGCCGGCCGCGCCGCCCAGCGCGUCGUCGGCCGACGACGACUGGGACGACUCGCAGCCCGAGGCGCCGCGCGCCGCCGCGCCGCCGACGCCGCCGCCGCGCGCCGCCGCGCCAGCCGAGGCGCCCGCGCCCGCGCCGCCGCCCGCGGAGUCGCUCCUCGCGAAGCGCCGCGCACAGGACGCGCUACGCCGCAGCGCAACGCCGUCGCCGCCGGCGCCCGCCCCCGCCGCACCGGCGCCUCCGGUCGCGCCGGCGCCCGCACCUCCGGCACCUCGUGUCGCCGCGCCGCCGCCGGCAGCAGCCCCGGCGGCGCCGAGCCCGGACCUGCCGCUCGAGGCGAACACGCUCGAGGCGAACUCGCCGCCGCUGCCGCCGCCCAAGCAGCCGAGCCCCGCCGCGGCGCCGGCGCCGAGCCCGACCAUCGGCACGCAGUGGGACGCGACGCCUACGGAGUCGGCGUACUCGCACCCGGAGCCCGCGCCCGCGCCGCCGCUGCCGGCCGUCGCGGACGUCGUCGAGGCCGAGCCGCCAGCGCGGCCGCCGCCGAUCGAUUUCGAGGACUCGAUGCCGCCGCCCUCACCGCCGCGACCGCCGCCUAUAGAAAUCGAGGACUCGCUGCCGCCGCCGUCGCCGGCGCGGCCGCCCGUCGAGGACUCCUCGCCGGCCGACGAGCCCUUCGCCGCGGAGAGCAUGCCGCCGCCGGCGCCUGUCGUGCCGCCGACGGGCCAGGCCGUCGGCGGGUCCGUGAGCCUCAGCGAGUCGUGGGACGAGUCCGCGCCGGCGCCGGCGCCGCCGCCUCGGAGCCCUUCGCCGGCGUCGGACUGGGACGACAGCGAGCCCGCGCCGGCGCCGCCCCCCAUGGCGGCGGCCACGCUCUACUACCCCGACAGCCCGGCGGUCGAGGCCGAGGCGCCGCCGUCCGCGCCCUCGCAGCACUCGGGCGCGGGCUCGGACACGGCGCUCUCGCCGCGCUUCGCGCGGCGCCGCUCCACCGAGACGUCAAGCGGCGGCGCGCGCUCCUCCGUGGCGUCGUCGGAGCGCGGCUCGGAGACGAUGCUCGAGCCGGCGCGGCGGUCGGGCUCGUCGGGGCCGAGCCGCUCGGGCCCGCCGACGGCCGGCGGGUCGUCAAGCGACGAGUCCGACAAUGAAGAUGACGCUCCACAUUCCUCCCAGGGCUCGACGCGGCUGCCGUCGUCGGACUCGCAGCCGGCGCGCCGGCGCGAGAGCACCUACCCCGACGAGUCGCUCGACACGCAAGGCAUCCGGGAGUUGAUCCGCGACGGCGCCGACCGCCGGGAGCAGACGAACCUGCGGAUCCUGCGGAGCCAGCAGGACCCGCGCGACGACGACGACGACGACGUCGUCGAGUCCGAGCCGCCGGCGCGGCCGGCGCUGCCCCCGGAGCCGGCGCCGAUCGAGACGGGGUCGGGCUGGUACUCGGAGCCGCCGCCGCCGGAGAGCUGCGGCUUCUCGGACGACGGCCGCGACGCGCCGCCGCCGCGGCGCGGCCGGUCGACGACGACGAGCGCCGCCGCGACGGACAUCGUCGAGGACACGCCGCGCUUCUCCGACGACGGCCGCCGCGGCCCGUCCAUCGGCUCGGAGACGCGCUGCUCGCCGGCGCCGCGCGCGUCCCAGGGCUCCGAGACGCUGCCGCCGUCUCCGUCGAACGUCGAGGCCGCGGCGCCGUCCCAGGAGGAGACGCAGACGUACCAGCAGCCGCCCGAGCGCUUCGAGUACACGCGACCUACAAAUGUAUCAAGGGGCCAGCCCCUGCCCGGCGAGUACACGUUCGACGAGGAGGCGGAGUCCAUCGACGACGACGGCGACGACGACGACCUCGACCCGCACCCGCACCGGCGGCUGCCGCCGGCCGCGGGCUCGCUCAAUAGCCUCGCGGCGCAGUCGCAAGCCGAGGACACGCCGCGGCCGCCGCGGCCGCGCGCCGCGGACCCCGGCGAGCCGUCGCUGCCGUGGGAACCGGCGAAAGGCCUGAAGGGCUUCUCGCUGGGGAGCUCGCCCGCGUCGCCGGCCGCCGCGCCGCCGGCCGCGCCACCAACGGCCGGCGGCUCGUCCUCCGACGAGUCCGAAGCCGAGGACGAGUUCGACAUGUCCGCGGCGAUGGAGGCGCCGCGGCCCGCGCCGGCGCCGGCGCGGACGGGCUCGAACUGGCUCCACGCGUCGGCCUUCCGGUCGACGGUGCGGCGCGUGGGCCCGGGCAUGCGGAACCGGCCGAUGGGGUCCUUCCGGCCGCCGCGGCCCGUGGGGAAACGCAAGUAA